CUCAACAAGGCAACAGAGCUGAAGGACGUGGAGGCAACGGCGGCCCGCGCUCUUUGCAUGGCGACAUGGGCCGCAGGAAAACUGUAUAUAGCGUUGACAAGUGAGAGGUCAACAUGUGGUACUAGAGGGAGCAGGCCUGAUGUCGCCAGUAUUCUUAAGGCUCGCCUCAAUUCGUCUUGAGAAGCAUCAUUGUCUCCCUUUUCAAGGGAGAAACACGUCAAAGAUGCCAGUCAUGAUCUUUCAAGAAGAAUAUAAGUCAGUAAGGUCUAAUAUACCAAACAUCAACUACUGUAUUUCCGACUUCUUCGCUUCUGUCCAAGAAAAAGUGUUGCGAAGCGAUCGUGAUUUGUCCGCUGAGAAGUGCUCUCUUGGAGAUUUAACGCAGCUUUUGUACGGCUGUGGAGUUUGGAAAAAGAAUCGAAAUAAUAAUAAACUCGGCAGUGGACGUUGCAGUGUUGAGGGACACUCCGAUCGGCAGUUCUUCUCGAGCGUUCUCGUUGCUGCUGCACGUAUUGUGAGGAAUCAAAAUGGAGUAAAGCCAGUUCCACGAGCCGUCUCGAACUUCCUGACUACCGUUGCAGACUUUUAUUGUGAUGAAGAACUACAGGAAGCUAGAG